AUGGCUAUCACAAGUACUGAUACCAUGGAAACCGAAGAUCAUUCCAUGGUGGAUGCACCGCCUAAUGGAGUUGGCGAUGCGCAUCAUCUAUCUGUCUCGGGACACGACCGGGAGGGCGUAGUCGCUACCAUGGAUGACAUAGAUGCAGCAAUGGAGGAUGCUGAAUCGACUGGAGAAACAGAAGAGUUUCUUAAAUCAAUGAAAAGAAAUCGGCUGCCGACAGGAUGUUGCUACGAUGACAGAAUGAAGCUCCAUGCAAACGCAGAUUUUGGCCCAACCCCCCAUCACCCAGAGGACCCAAGGAGAAUAGAAGAGAUUAUGAAGAUCUUCAAAAAGGCUGGGCUUGUCUACAAAGGACCCGACUCAGAGCUGCUUGAUAUUCUAAAGAAAGAUCCGAACAAGUAUAUGUGGAGGAUACCUGCUAGAGACGCUACCAAACAGGAGAUCUGCACCGUUCACACACCUGGGCACUAUGACUGGGUUGAGAGCCUCUCUCGUAUGUCGACGAAAGAUCUCCGGGCUCUUAGUAUGACGUUGGAUCAAGGUAGGGCCUCGCUCUACGUGGGGGGAAUGUCUUAUGAAGCAGCUCUCCUCUCCGCGGGUGGCUGUAUCGAGACCUGCAAAAACGUGGCUGCUGGUCGUGUCAAGAAUGCCUUUGCCGUUAUCCGACCACCGGGGCACCACGCCGAAUACGACUCCGCUAUGGGAUUCUGUCUUUUCAACAAUGUCCCUAUCGGAGCCAGAGUCUGCCAGGACGAAUUUCCUGAGACCUGUCGCAAAGUCAUGAUUCUAGAUUGGGAUGUACACCAUGGAAACGGCGUCCAAAACAUAUUUUACGAGGAUCCCAACGUCCUCUAUAUUUCUCUUCACGUUUACGCUAAUGGAGAUUUCUACCCCGGCAAACCAGAUAACCCAAUGCUCCCCGACGGUGGAUUGGAUAAGGUUGGUGAUGGCUUGGGUAAGGGGAAAAAUGUCAAUAUUGCAUGGCCAUCACAAGGCAUGGGAGAUGGAGAGUAUCUGGCAGCAUUUCAGAAAAUUGUCAUGCCAAUAGCUCAGGAGUUUAACCCAGACCUCGUGAUUAUCUCGGCAGGUUUCGAUGCCGCCGACGGUGACGAGCUAGGAGGCUGUUUCGUCACACCGCCCUGUUAUGCUCAUAUGACACACAUGUUGAUGUCGCUGGCUGGUGGCAAAGUGGCAGUGUGUUUAGAAGGUGGCUAUAACCUUCAAGCAAUUUCACACUCUGCUCUAGCAGUGGCACGAACCCUCAUGGGAGAAGCACCGCCGCAGAUGGAGAUGCCGCCUAUCGCCAAGGAGGCUGCGAGAGUGCUGGCCAAAGUUCAGGCUGUUCAAGCCCCUUAUUGGGAGUGUAUGAGACCCGGGAUCAUCGAUGUACAGCAGAUGGGCAACGGUUCUUCUCGCCUCCAUGAUGUCAUUCGCGGCUACCAACGACAAAUCAUGUCUGAAAAGCACAGCAUGGUCCCUCUCUUCAUCCAGCGUGAGACUCUAUUCACAUCUUUUGACAACCAGGUUCUUGUCACACCAGAUAUACAAUCCAAGAAAAAAAUCCUGUUUAUCAUUCAUGACCCGCCCGAGUUGGUAGCGAUGCCGGAUGUUAUUAGCAAUACGGUCGACCCACACAACGGCUUCGUCGCAAGUACCCCUGAGUCUCUAAAUGGAGUUAUGUCAUAUAUAGACUGGGGAUGCAAAAAUGAUUUCGGCAUUAUAGACGCAAAUAUACCUCACUAUAUCACACAUCCUGAGGAUUUAGACGCUCACAUGCCGCGGACCCCAGAAAGGAGCCUUCAAAAGGAGAUCGAGGAGCUCGUAAGCUACAUAUGGGACAACUAUCUGCAGUUAUACGAUGUGGAAGAGUUAUUUCUCCUUGGUGUCGGCGAUGCCUACUUAGGCGUCAAGAUUCUCCUCACCAACCGUGAGUGCAAGGACCGGAUAGCGGGGGUUGUCAACUUCGUGACGGGUAAUCUCCGUCCAGUCAAGUCUGAAACAGACCCCGACCUCUCGACCUGGUACAAGCAUAAUUCCCUUGUCUUCGUGGCGGCCGACCAUGCCUGUUGGAGCGACGAAGAUUUGGCGAAGAAGGUGCUUAAGAGACGCUUCGGAGGGGUCAAGAAGAGCACCCACACCGGCAUCAAUCUCAUGAUGGAGGCACAUGCCUCGGAGGUCCAAGAGUGGAUCAUGGCGCGGGUGGCUCGAGAUAAGAGCGGACAUACUACCGAGGAAGACAGGUGA